AUGAUCAGCUGGGACCGGCCUCCGACAGGCUGGGUUUGUUUAAAUACGGAUGGUUCUGUGGUUCUAGCUCAGAAGAGUACUGCUGCGGGUGGAGUGCUCAGGGGAUGUGAUGGGAGAUUCAUCAAGGCGUUUGCUGCUAAUUUAGGUGGAGGUUCGAUUACCCACGCAGAGUUGGGAGGUAUUGUUCAUGGGUUGCGUAUGGCCUGGGAGGAGGGAUCACGGAAGGUGAUAUUACAGACUGAUUCGACAACGGCAAUCAACCUGCUCAAGGAUGCGGAUUGCCAUAACCCACACUACACCUUGAUAGCAGCUAUCCGAGAGCUGCUGGCCAGAGACUGGGAGAUCGAGCUAGUGCAUGUGUUUCGCGAAGGCAACUAUGUUGCGGACUAUUUGGCGUCUAUUGGACAUUCUUUACCUAUAGGAGUUCAUUUGAUUGAUAUCCCGAGCCCUACCCUGAGGCAUUGGUUGUAUUUCGACACUAUUGGGGUCCAGACCCAGAGAAUUAUCAGGAAUUAA